UGCCAAUUGACUACCAUCUGACUCUUUGUCGCGACGUCCUUCGGUCCGAGCCCUAUGCGACCAUUGCAGAAAAUUACAAGGUAGUUUUCACCUCAAAAUGGGUGUCAAGUCUCUGUGGAACCUUUUGACGCCUGUUGGGCGGCCAGUCAUGUUGGAGACUAUGGAAGGCAAGACGAUGGCUAUUGAUUCAAGUAUAUGGAUCUACCAGUUCCAAGCCACAAUGCGAGCCAAGGACGGACGUGCCUUGACGAACGCCCAUGUCCUCGGUUUCCUUCGUCGGAUAUGCAAGCUUCUCUUCUACGGCAUGAAACCUGUUUUCGUCUUUGAUGGAGGUGCACCGGCGUUGAAGAAAGCAACUCUUACUGAACGCAGGAAGAAGAAGAGUGGUGCAGCGGCAAGUCAUGCCAAAUUGGCUGAAAAACUCUUGGCUGCGCAAAUGAGAAGAGAGGCUCUUAAUCAUGUAAAAGGAGCACGAUCCUCUACAGGAAAGGCUCCUGAAGGUUCGGUAGCCCUGGAUGACAAUACCGUGUAUCUCGAAGAUAUUGAUCCAUCUAUGCCUAAGUCCUCUCCUAGAAAAAACCCGGCGCCUGCUUCUGCUCAGACCUCACCAACGAAGAAGAUAUAUGACCAUGAUCCCUACAAGCUCCCGGAAGUGGAUCUGGAAGAACGAGUGGCCAAGGCUACGCGUUCGGUGGAACCAGAUCCCCGCCUGGCUACUGAGGAAGAACUGCGCGCCUUCAUUGAGGAAAUGCGGCCCGAAGAUUUCGAUGUCACUUCUCCCGCCUUUCGUGAGCUUCCCACGGAGGUGCAAUACGAGAUCGUUGGCGACCUACGGCUCAAGUCUCGGCAAACUUCUUAUUCGCGAUUACAGCAAAUGUUAAGGAGUGCUCCUACACCUUUGGACUUUUCUAAGCAGCAGAUCAAAAAUUUGCAGCAAAGGAACACUCUGACCCAACAACUUCUCAUGACGACAGACAGCAUAGGAAAGGCCCAUAUUUCCAUACCUGUUCGCAUUGCCAGUGAACGGAAUAAGGAAUACAUGCUCAUCAAAAACGAGGGGGAAGGGGGCGGCUGGAUACUUGGCAUUCGGGACGAUGGAACCAAACAGAAACCAAUCGUUCUUGAUCAUGAGCACGACGAGGACGAGGACGAGGACGACGACAUGGAAGAGGUUUCUAUACCAGGGAGCACCCAACCCGACCCUGAUCUGAGAGCCUUCCAGCGGGAAAUGGCUUUGAGUUCAAUAGCCGGCCGCCACACUCAGACGUCUUCAGUGAAAAGCAAACCGCCGAUAAAGUCCCGGCAAGCCCCUCUAUUCCAGCAGGGCGACAAUUCUGACAUCGAUGGCGCUUCAGAAGAUGAACAAAUGGCUUUGGCAAUCCAGCGGUCCCUUGAUGAUAGGUAUGCAGUAUCCGCCUCGCCACCGCCUUCCUUUUCUGCGGCGCAAGAUAUCUAUGCAUUUGAGGACGACAUAGGUGACAACCGUUUCGCAUCUACUUCUAAAGUAGAAUAUCGACCACAUUCGAUUCCGAUUGUCACCCCAUCUCCCGAAGGUACUUCAUCACUUUCUACAUCUCAUAUCAACCCUGCGCCCGUAGCCAAAGCAGCGUCGCCCAUCCCUAGUGUAGAAGAGCCAUCAGCCUUUGGGACACCUGUCCUACUCAUGUCCGGCGCGCAACCUCGUCAAUCUGAACCUCAGAUUUCGCCUACAACAACACCGCCCUUGCAACAUCCUCCCUUGUCUUCUAGGCCCUCAGAAAAAAAUGAUACAGAGAUGGUGGGCGAUGCAGCUACGAGAGACCGCUCUGGUAUCGUGGAGCAUGCUGAUCAUCUCCUGCGUCCAUCCUCUCCUUCGCAACUAUCAGCAGGAAGUCCUGUCGUUACCCAGUCGAUGAAUGAAGAUGACUCAGAUAUGGAAGAGGUUACUAUUGAACACCCAACGCUCCCAGAUUCUCCUCCAUCUCAAUCUCAAAUUCAGCCACUUUUUGUUCCCGAUACGGUUGAGAAUCUUGUUUCCAUAGACAACGAGGAUCAUGCCACCAGCGAAGACCUAGAAUAUGUCGAUCCAGAACCCAACCCUUCAACCCUCAUGAUGCACAACACCUUUACAUUGGAGACGUUCGAACCGCUUUCAGACGCGUCUCGUUCAUCUUCUCCCGACGAUACGAAUAAGUCGCGUCCAUCUUCGCCCAUCGAGAAUUGGGAUGCCGCUCAAGAGAUGGACCCUGAUGCGGAAGAGGGUGAAUUUGCACGAUUCGUCUCACAAGUCAAAGGCAGGGAUAUCAAUGAUGUCCGCCGCGAAAUUGACGCCGAAAUAAAGUCUUUGGAUCAGCAACGUAAAGCCGCCAUGCGAGAUUCAGAAGACGUCAAUCAGCAGAUGGUCAACCAAAUUAUGAUGAUGCUGCGUCUCUUCGGCAUUCCAUAUAUUACUGCCCCAAUGGAGGCGGAAGCUCAGUGCGCAGAGCUUGUCACGUUGGGGCUGGUGGACGGCAUUAUUACUGACGACUCAGACGUGUUUCUGUUCGGCGGUCAGCGCGUUUUCAAGAAUAUGUUCAAUCAGUCAAAGACCGUUGAAUGUUUUCUGACCAGCGAUCUCGCCCGAGAACUUGGUCUCGAUCGGGGCACCCUCGUGAGACUAGCCUAUCUAUUGGGAAGUGAUUAUGUGGAUGGUCUUCCUGGUGUUGGCCCUGUCGUCGCCAUGGAACUCUUGAAGGAAUUCCCGGGAGAUGGCGGGCUCCAUAAAUUCAAAGAGUGGUGGCUCAAAGUGCAAACCGGCAAAGAUAGGGAGGAAGAUAAUAAAUCCACCUUCCGCAAGCGAUUUAAGAAGAAAUUUAAGGAUCUGUAUCUGCCCAGUGAAUGGCCCAACCCUGCUGUGAGGGACGCGUAUUAUCAUCCUGUUGUUGAUGAGUCUGAUGAGCCUUUCAAAUGGGGCCUACCGGAUCUUGACGCUCUCCGCGGAUUUCUCCACGAAGAGCUCGGAUGGCCGCAAAGCAAAGUUGAUGACUUGCUCGUUCCCAUCAUCCAGAAAAUGGGAAAGCGUGGUCAGGCCGCAGCAAUGAAUAGACAGGGAAACCUGAACGGAUUUUUUGAUGUUGCUGCGGGAAGCGGAACUUUUGCACCUAGGCGAAGACAAGCAUAUGCUAGUAAACGUCUACAGCAAGUAGUCUCGGAUUUUCGGAAGAAGAGAAAAGCUGGGGCCAGUUCUUCUGGGUCUGUUGAUGAGGAGGGGUCGGAUUCGGGCGUGAGUGAAGAAGAUACGCCAGUCAAGAAGAGAUCGAAAAGUAGUGCAAGGGGAAAGAAAGGACGUGAAUCUGCUUCGCAUCGGCGCGGACGUGGCCGAGGCCGCGGUCGACCUAGCAGUACUAGGAAGAUGUCGGAACCUUCUUCUGGUGAAGAUGCUGAAUUCAGCGAAGCCGUUAUAACAAUCGAAGCACCUCUCUCUGCACAACUUCGGCCCCGCCCUAAACCAAAACCUAUAUACAAGGGUGCACCAGAGUCAACGUAGUGCUAAUGUUUAUUGCAAUCGAUGAUUAGAAUUUCAUCGUUCGAAUCAUUUACGAUUUGAUACAAGCAGAAAUAAAAAUGGAAUCCUAGCAGCAA